AUGAAGGCUUGGACCCCGGAUUUUGACUUCAAUAAUGAGGUGCUGAAGACAAUACCUAUAUGGGUAAAGUUCCCCAAGCUACCUCUAAAUUGUUGGGGGAUUGAGGCUCUUAGAAGAAUCAAUAGUGGGAUAGGACUACCAUUAUAUGCCGAUGACUGUACCACAAAGAUUGAAAGAAUUUCCUAUGCAAGUGUAUUGAUAGAGAUGAAUAUCAUAAAGGAAUUACCAACUAACGUACUUGUCCAGGAUCCAAAUGGAAGGGAAUUUGAGCAGGUUGUUGAGUAUGAAUGGAAGCCUCAGUUCUAUGCUCAAACAGAAGUACCUGACUAUCAAGAUGGUAUGGGGGCACAAAAGGGGCAAGAUGAUGAAUGUCAAAGGGUGAAAGCGAAGCUGCACACAGUUAGAGAUAGACAGGAAUUAUGGGAUGAACUGAAGGCAAUUAAUAGCAUGGAGAAAGUACCUUGGGUUGCGAUGGGAGAUUAUAAUGCUGUCUUAAACAUCGACGACAGAAUAUAUGGAAAUCCUGUACAAGAAGCUGAAGUGAAGGAUUUCAGGGAGUUACUAGAUGACACUGAUUAUGGAUCCUCAUUUCUCAGACCAUUCCCCUCUAUGCCUGAAGGUAGAAGUGAAGUCAAAAAGGAAGCCCAUACCCUUUAG